AUGCCUAAAUGCCCCAAUGCACUGGCCAAGGACCGGGCAGCAAAGCCUCUGCAUCCUACCUCGACUGGUAGGCACUUCGCCCUCCAACCUGACUGCUGGCACUCAUUGGUCAGCCCUGCGUACUUGGAGAGCUUCCUCUCAAAAGCUUCUUCCAGGCGGUCUUCCCACGGGACUGAAGUGAGAGCCACAGCUGGUGACACCGCUGUUAUCUCGUGCCAGUAUCACUCCUUUUACUAUGAUUACAUCAAGUAUCUGUGUAAGGGAUACUACUGGUAUCAUUGCACAGUGCUGAUCAGGACCAAAGACCGUACGAAAGACAAUCUGCAGAUCACAGAUGACAGAGGGCGUUUGACAUUCACCAUUACCAUGACCAAUGUCAGGAUAGAGGACAGUGGAUGGUACUGGUGUGCCAUUGACCGGGUCAGUAAGCAUGUGAAAGUGGCAGUGCUGUUGACCGUUACUGCAGACAGCUGCGAUGGCCCAUUGUUGUCCACACUGCCACUGGCGUCAUUCGAGAGCUCAUCGCACGCAUUCGACAGUCAAGCUCCACACUUUGCCAAGCUCAACAGAAGAGACGGAGGAGGUGGAUGGAGCCCCAAGUUGACGGAUAGGUACCCGUGGCUGCAGGUGGACCUGCGGGACAGGAUGGAGGUGACGGGCGUAGCUACGCAGGGUCGCCACGGCAGCUCGGACUGGGUUCGGGGCUACAUGCUGCUCUACAGCGACACGGGCCGUGUCUGGAAGCAGUACCGGCAGGACGACAACGUAGGGAGGUUUGUGGGUAACGUGGAUGCGGACGGCGUGGUCCAGCAUAAGCUGCCGCACCCCAUCAGGACCCGCUUCCUGCGCCUCGUGCCGCUCGAGUGGAACUCGGGAGGAGGGGUGGGCCUCAGGGCUGAGGUCUACGGCUGCACCUACAAGUCGUUCGUGGCAGACUUCGACGGCAGGAGCUCUCUGCUGUACCGGUUCAACCAGAAGUCCAUGAGCACGGCCAAAGACGUCAUCUCCCUGCGCUUCAAGAGCCGGCAGGCGGAGGGGGUCCUCCUGCACGGAGAGGGCCAGCGUGGGGACUACAUCACCCUGGAACUGCACCGGGGCAAACUGGCCCUCCACCUCAACCUGGAUGACACCAGGGUGAGGAGCGGCGGGGCGCGGGAGGCAGUGACGCUGGGCAGUCUCCUUGACGACCAGCACUGGCACUCGGUGCUCAUCGAGCGCUUCAACAGGCAGGUGAACUUCACGCUGGACCGCCACACGCAGCACUUCCGCACCCGCGGAGACGGCGACACGCUGGAGGUGGAUUACGAGCUGAGCUUCGGAGGAAUUCCGCUUCCUGGAAAACCAGGAACAUUCCUUAGAAGGAACUUCCAUGGCUGUAUGGAGAACCUGUACUACAAUGGAGUGAACAUCAUUGAUCUGGCCAAGAGACGCAAGCCACAGAUAUACAGUGUGGGCAAUGUGACCUUCUCCUGUUCGGGUCCCCAGCUGGUGGCUGCUACCUUCCUGUCCCCCAGCGCCAGCUUCCUGUCGGUGCCCGCGCCCCCGCCCACCCCCGAGGGCCUGGCCGCACGCCUUCAGUUCCGCACCUGGAACGCCGACGGCCUGCUGCUGUCCGCCCGGCUGGCGCAGCGGCCGCAGCGAAUCAUAUUGCAGAUCAGCAGCGGGCGGCUGCACCUGACGCACCAGACCACCGCCACCAAGACCUCGGAGGUCUCCACCGGCCAGCGGGUGAACGACGGGCUGUGGCACUCGGUCAGCCUCAGCACCAGGGGCAUGCAGAUCACCAUGACACUGGACAACGAGCCCUCCUCCACCAUCCAGCUCCAGGACCAGCUGCAGUCUGGAGACUUCUUCUACUUCGGAGGUUGUCCCCAGUCUCAAGGAGACGAUGAGUGCUCCAACCCCACCGUGGCUUUCCAGGGCUGCAUGCGCCUGAUCCUCAUCAAUAACCAGCCCAUCGACCUCAUCCUCAUACAGACGGGCAGACUCGGGGCGCAUCACCAGGUCCAGUUCGACAUCUGUGGAAUCCGUGACAGGUGUCUCCCCAACUUCUGUGAGCACGGUGGCCGAUGCUCCCAGUCCUGGAGCUCCUUCCAGUGUGACUGCACCGGGACUGGCUACAGCGGAGCCACCUGCCACAACUCGAUCUAUGAGGCGUCGUGUGAGGCGUACAGGCUGAUAGGCAGCUCCUCUGGCUACUUCUCCAUCGAUCCAGAUGGCAGCGGACCUCUGGGCCCCAUGCAGGUCUACUGUAACAUGACAGAGCAAAAGGUGUGGACUGUGGUUCUCCAUAACACCACUACUGCAGUGAAGGUCCAAGGCUCCAGCCUGGAGAGGCCUCACGUCAUGCAGUUUAACUACAGCGCCUCUCCCGACCAGCUACACGCCCUGGUGGCCAGCUCAGACCAGUGCCAACAGGAAGUGGUCUACCAGUGCAGGAAGUCCCGCCUUUUUAACACCUGGGAUGGCACGCCCCUGUCCUACUGGCUGGACCGCAGUGGGGAGAAGCGUACCUACUGGGGGGGCCACCAGCCGGGGGUGCAGCAGUGCUCAUGCAGUCUGGAGGAGAACUGCAUGGACAUGAACUACUUCUGCAACUGUGAUGCCGACAAAGACACAUGGGUGAAUGACUCUGGUAUCCUGUCGUAUAAGGACCAUUUGCCCGUUAGAGAGGUCAUUAUAGGGGACACGCACAGACCGCGCUCGGAGGCGGUGUACAAUGUUGGACCUCUACGUUGUCACGGUGACAGAUCUCUGUGGAACGCGGCGUCGUUCUACCAGGAGUCGUCCUACCUGCACUUCCCCACCCUGCAGGCUACGCUCAGUGUUGACAUCUCCUUCUACUUCAAGACCGGCGCCCCCUCCGGAGUCUUCCUGGAGAACCUGGGGCUCAAGGACUUCAUCAGAGUUGAACUCAGCUCUCCGUCGACGGUGACCUUUUCGUUCGAUGUGGGCGACGGGCCAGUGACCCUGGCGGCCAAGUCUCCGGUGCCCUUGAACGACCGUCAGUGGCACUGGGUGGCGGCGGAGCGCAGCGUGAAGGAGGCCUCGCUGCAGGUGGACCAGCUGCCCACGCGACUCCUGGAGACGCCCGCCGACGACACACACCUACACCUCAAGCUCAGCGGACAGCUGUUUGUGGGCGGGUCGGCGUCCAGACAGCGUGGCUUCCUGGGCUGCAUGAGGGCUCUGCGCGUGAACGGGGCUCACCUGGACCUGGACGAGCGUGCCAAGCUGACCCCCGGGGUGAGUCCUGGGUGUCCAGGACACUGCAGCCACUCGGCCAGCCUCUGCCACAACCGCGGCCGCUGCAUCGAGCAGAGCGGGGGCUACGUUUGCGAUUGCACCCACUCCGCGUACACCGGACCCUCCUGCAAGGAUGAGGUGUCGGUUUCAUUCGAGAGCGGUUCCUCGGUCAGCUACGCCUUCCGCGACUCGUUCCUGGUGAUGCGCGACAGCAGCGCCUCUCAGGCAUCCUCCUCCUCCUCCGUCUCCACGGAGACCAGAGAGAACGUGGCCUUCAGCUUCGUCACCACGCAGACGCCCGCCAUGCUGCUCACCAUCAGCACCACCAGCCAGCAGUACGUGGCCAUCAUCCUGGCAAACAACGGGAGUCUCCAGAUCUGGUACCAGCUGCAUGAGGAGAGUAGGCCUGACGUGUUCAGCCCCACCCCGUCCAGCCUGGCCGACGGACGCCUCCACCGCGUACGCAUACACCGAGAGGCCAAGGACGUCUACGUACAGGUGGACCAGCACAGUAAAAAAUACACCCUGUCGUCUGACACGGAGCUGAACUCAGUGAGAUCACUGACACUGGGGAAAGUCACCGGCGCCCAGGCUCUGGAUGAGAAGGUGGCGGUAGCGGGCUCCAGGGGCUUCGUGGGCUGCUUCUCCUCCGUGCAGUACAACCACGUGGCCCCCCUGAAGGCAGCCCUGCUGAACAGGGGCAGCUCCCUGGUGACCGUCAGGGGAAACCUGCUGGAGGCCAGCUGUGAGGCCCUCGCCGUUUCCACUUCCAACUCUUUCACAGACCAUGUUGAGGAGCCGGACAGAGCUAAUGAGCAGGAUGGUGGCGUGACCCGGCAUGACUCAGCAGUAAUCGGAGGUGUGGUGACGGCGGUGGUGUUCAGCAGCCUGUGCGUGCUGGCCGUCAUGUCCCGCGUCCUGUACCAGCACCGGCAGGCCCAGCGCGCCGCCAGCCUGCAGGAGAAGGAGACCCAGCGGCGUCUGGAGGCAGCCUACCAGGCCGAGCUGCAUCUGCACAACAGCCCUGCUCUGCACAUGCGAGACAGCCUGCGGGAGUACUACAUCUGA